CUGAUGACGAUGGCAAAUGGCGCAGGUCAGCUAGCUGAAUGUUGUUAGAAGUGCCUGCUUAUGAAACACUAUUUUCACAAGCAAGCUUUUUCUGUUUUGUUUUGUUUUUUUAAUGAAGACAGAAAAAAACAAAAAUAUAGAAAAAAAUGAAGAUUAGGUAGCGUGGAAAUCUACGAAGUCUAUGCGAACUCGUUCAUCUUUUGAAUCGUCUCUAACAUUGUUUUUGUGGGCCUGUUGCUUGAAGCUAGCGACGGGAAAUCCUCGGUCUGACUGACUGGACACACCGGAACGAGAGACAGCAAAAGAACCAAGAAUGACCGGAGCUCCGACGGCUAGUUAACUAACUGCAAGCAGGUUUUACUGACACGAACUAACAAACUUGAGCAGAGGAGAGGGAGGCUUUUGAGAGAACAAGCUACAUUUUGACAAUCAGGAUCCAGAUGAGGACUCAUAAAACACUGUGGAUCUUGAUGCUGACAGAACUUACCCGAAGACUACAAUGAAUCGUUACCUGCCGGUGGCACGGCAGCACUUCCUGGCCGCCCUAGCCAGCACCAGUGUGGUAGUGAAAACCAUAAGUGCAGUUGUGGUCCUGCUCUACUUGCUGUCGUGGGCUGUUGACACUUCAUAUGCACUGGGAGUGACCCCAGGCUACCUCUUUCCGCCCAACUUCUGGGUGUGGACACUGGUGACCCAUGGAUUGAUGGAGCAGCAUAUAUGGGGCGUGGUGGCCAAUGUGGGGACAGUCAUGGCCUGUGGGCGCCUGCUAGAACCCCUGUGGGGUGCUCUGGAGCUCCUGAUCUUUUUUGCAGUAGUGAAUGUGUCUGCAGGACUCCUAGCGGGCCUCUCCUAUCUUCUGACUUAUGUGGCCACUUUUGACCUGGACUUCCUGUUCGCUGUGCGCAUCUACGGUUCAGCCGGUUUCUUGGGAGGUGUCCUGGUGGCCCUGAAGCAGACGAUGGGGGAUACCACGGUGCUCAGAGUGCCCCAGGUGAGACUGAAAGCUGCUCCGGCUUUGGUCCUCCUCUUCCUAGCCUUGCUGCGCCUGUCUGGGCUGCUCGACAGCUGUGCCCCCCUGGCUGCGUACAGCUACGGCUCCCUGUCUGGGUGGGUGUACCUGCGCUUCUACCAGAGACACAGCCGAGGACGCGGGGACAUGUCAGACCACUUUGCCUUUGCGAGUUUCUUCCCGGAGGCUGUGCAGCCAGUUGUCGGGCUGCUGGCCGGCCUCGUUCACGCCGCCCUGGUGAAGAUCAAGGUGUGCAGGAAGAUGGUAAAGAGAUACGACGUGGGGGCGCCCUCCUCCAUCACCAUCAGCCUGCCAGGGACGGACCCCCAGGAUGCAGAAAGAAGGAGACAACUGGCCCUGAAAGCUCUCAACGAACGUCUAAAGCGAGUCGAGGACCAGUCUGCGUGGCCCAGCAUGGACGACGAGGAGGACGAGGAGGAGGACGAG